AUGUUCAUAUUCCGCUUUCUUCUCCUCUCUUUGAUGGUCAUUUCUAUUCAAACAUUUGCUAUUAUUCCACAAAAUGAACAAAACGUUUUACGACAAACAAUUGAGAAAAAAUCUGUUCCGUUGGAUAUCUCCACGACAUUCAUACGAGCAAUGUAUCCAGUAGGUGAAGGCGAAAAGUCAUUCAAUGGUCAAAAUAAUCAAGAAUGGGAAAUUCAACGAGAAUCAGAUACAAGAUUUGCGAUUUAUGGUGAGAAUCUUAACAAUUCGCUUUUAUCGUUCACUACUCAUGCGGAAUCGUGUAUCUGGGAGCGUAAAGAUCGAAUUUAUCGAUUACAAGUUAAUGAGUCCAAUCCCAAUUCACAUAUAGGUGAACUUGCUUAUAUAACCCUUCAUUUACCCUUCUACAAUUCAACAUUAUAUCUGUGUGUCACCCCACCCGACUCGAACAGAGCAUUUCAUCAAGGAAACACACCUUUAUUGAAACUUCGUGUAACUCGUCGCGCCUUACCUGUUUGGGCAACAAUACUUUUUCUCAUAUGUCUCCUGAUUUUAUCGGGAUUAUUUUCGGGUUUAAAUCUUGGUUUGAUGUCAUUAACUCCACAUGAUUUGAAAGUGAUCCAAGAAGCUGGAACAGCCAAUGAUCAGAAAUAUGCCAAACGGAUUUAUCCAGUUCGUAAACAUGGCAAUUUUCUUCUGUGUACGAUUCUGCUAGGAAACGUUUUGGUUAAUUCUACUACAACAAUUCUCCUCGAUUCGUUGAUCAGUGGGGCAAUGGCUGUUGCUUGUGCCACUUUAGCUAUUGUUAUUUUUGGUGAAAUUAUGCCUCAAGCUAUAUGUUCAAGACACGGUUUAAAAGUUGGCUCCCAAACCGUUCUUUUAACAAAAUUAUUCAUGCUUUUAACAUUUCCGAUUUCCUAUCCAUUGAGUAAACUGCUCGACACUAUUCUAGGAGAAGAAGUCGGUGCGCGUUAUACGCGAGAUCAAAUGGGCGCUUUGUUAAAGCAUACGACAACGACCGAUAUCGAAGAUCGAGAAAAGAUUAUGAUGACCGGUGUAUUGAGUUUGAAAGCAAAAAAGAUUCGCGGUGUUAUGACGAAUUUAGAGGAUGUUUUCAUGCUUGAAGCAAAUCGAAUUGUUGACGAUGAACUCGUUCUCAAUGUUUAUGGUUAUGGUUAUUCGAGAAUUCCUGUUUAUGAAGGACAAAAAAAUAACAUCAUCGGCUUGGUUUAUGCCCGUGAUUUUGCUUUGCCCGAUACUGAUUCAGGAAAAUUUACUGUACGAAACAUCAUGAAUUUCUGCAAACAUCGUUAUGGAACAUCGAUCACUCCAGAUGAUUCCAGUUAUGAUGUGUUUAAUCUAUUCAAAAAAGAACAAUAUCAUUUGGGUGUGGUUGUCGAGUAUGACAAUACGAGUGAAAAAGAUCCUCGUGCCAAAGCGAUUGGAAUUGUUACAUUAGAAGAUAUUAUUGAAGAAAUGAUUCAGGAAGAAAUUGUUGAUGAAACAGAUGUAUUCACUGAUAAUCGUCGAAAAGUUCGGAAUGUUCUUUCUCAAGCGCAAGAUUUCUCUGUUUUUAUUGGUCAUAACUCCAAUGAAGCGAUAAGUAAAAUAUCCGCGCAAAUGAAAGUCGCUAUUUUUCAAUUUCUUUCCACAAGUGUCGAACCAUUCAAAGAAAAAUACAUUUCACCGAAUAUAUUAAGUCUUCUACUAAAUGCUGAUUUGUACAAAGAAUACGAAUUCAAUGAAGACGAAGCAAAAUCGGGAAAAACUACGUAUAUAUAUGAAUAUGGUAAAGCAGUGGAUUAUUUCGUUUUGAUCGUCAAUGGAAAUGCAGAGUUAGAAACGGGAAAAGAAAAAAUUGUCAGUGAAAUUGGAUCGUUUUACUAUUUUGGUGCUAGUGCAUUAUACAGCCCCGAUGAGAAAAUUGAUGAUCUCAUUCGUUCAAAAUCGAACAAAUUUCGUCCGUUUACUCCUGAUUUCAGUUUGCGUGUUAGUGAAACUGUACAAAUCUUACGUAUACGUCGUGUUCAUUGGCUAGCUGCUGUUCGUGCGACAUAUUUCGAAAGGAAACAAACACCGAACGAUAAUGCAUCGCUAUUGGAUUCCAGCGGUAAGAAAGUUGAUCUCUUAGCACAAGAAUUAGAGAAGGUUGACAAUGUUGAUCCAGUCAAUGCGACCGGUAGCAUAGCCGAAGAACAGACACGUCAGCGAACAUCAUCAUUAGCAUUAACUGUUGCAUCAGAUAGUGGAGUUGAUUACGAAAAGAUUCUGGCUGAACAAUUCGAUAAAUCCGAUAUAACCAAUUCAAAUAAAAUUCUCUCAAACAUGACAAUAAAUUCCGAAAGAAACACUCCGACUCUGACAGAAAAGCGACGAAAACAAUUAUUUCGUUCGUCGACAACAACAGCAGCCACGCCACCUUCACUAACUGGCGAGAGCCCAAAAUACUGA